AUGGAGACCGCAGACUUGAUACCGCUGCUAGAGCAGCUGGAGGACGAUAUCGAUGACCUUGAGGAGGCCCUCGAGCCUUUCCUAGGCCAAUCUUUGUCCUCCACUACGCAAAAAAUGCCGGUGUUGGACAAGGCGAAGCUGCAUGUUCUCGUCACCUAUGCUAUUGAAUCAAUACUUUUUGGUUAUUUGCGCCUUCAGGGUGUAAAUGCAAAGGAGCAUCCAGUUUUUAAAGAAUUGACCCGGGUUAGACAGUACUUCGAGAAGCUCAAGGCAGCGGAGACUGUUCCCGAGAAACGAACAACGUCCAUAGACAAAGAGGCUGCUGGACGAUUUAUAAAACAUGGACUGACUGGAAACGAUAAAUACGACCUGGAGCGGGCGGAAAGGGUAGCAAAGGAAAAAGCCAUGGCGUUGUUAAAGGCCGCAAAGCUGGCGCGGCAACAGGCGUCCCAGUCUCCAGCCCAACCAUUACCACAAUGUCAACCCCAGGCCCAACCCCAAGCCCAACCCCAGGCGCAGCCCGUGGCUCGAAACCCAGCUUCCAUAGAACGAGAGAAACCUUCGGGUAUGUCCUCCAAAUCGGAAACAACAGAAGACCAAGGCAAUGAGCAACCCGUGAAGUCUCCCUCACCGGUUGAGCAGCCAAUGUCCAAAAUAGCCAAGAGGAAGCAGAAAGCUAAGGAAAAGAUGCGGGCACGAAAGCAGGAGCGCAAAGCGCACAAACAAGCCAUAAAGAGGCAUAAGAAAGCUGCAAGCAAACAAAACACCCACAGUAAUGGGUGA